AAUUAUUUUUGCUGAAAUUAAUUUAUAACUAUUGGUAAUAGCAGUAAGCAUCCGCUCCGUCUUUCUCUAUUUCAGACCUGUCUAUGUGCUAAAGCUAUAAACUUUCGGUCAACCUUAAAUUUGGCAUAUAUACUUCGUGUUCGGCGCGUGUAAAUAACGCUUCAAUGGCUUCCCAGCUGCUGAGGCGCGUCCUCGGAACCCGCUCCAACCAGAUCAUCUCCUCGACCAGCCCGGCAUCACCGCUUACGGCCGCGGCUAGGCUUUUAUCGUCCGCUACAGCUCCGAUCACAGUCACCCUUUUCCCCGGCGACGGUAUUGGGCCCGAGAUAGCGGAGUCCGUCAAACAGGUGUUUAGAGAAGCUGAAGUACCGAUUGUAUGGGAAGAACAUUAUGUUGGAACGGAAAUUGAUCCGAAAACACAGAGCUUUUUAACGUGGGAAAGUUUGGAAUCAGUGCGUCGAAACAAGGUCGGGUUGAAAGGUCCAAUGGCUACACCAAUUGGGAAAGGCCAUCGUUCUUUGAAUCUUACUUUAAGGAAAGAGCUUAACUUGUUUGCCAAUGUUAGACCUUGCUACAGUCUGCCUGGCUAUAAGACUCGUUAUGAUGAUGUUGAUCUCAUCACCAUACGUGAAAACACUGAGGGAGAGUACAGUGGACUUGAGCAUCAAGUUGUGAGAGGGGUUGUUGAAAGUCUUAAGAUCAUUACGCGUCAGGCGAGUCUUAGGGUAGCUGAGUAUGCUUUUCAUUAUGCUAAGGCGCAUGGGAGAGAGAGGGUAUCUGCAAUUCACAAAGCAAAUAUUAUGCAGAAAACUGAUGGUCUUUUUCUCAAGUGUUGCCGUGAAGUGGCAGAGAAGUAUCCAGAGAUUCGAUAUGAGGAAGUUGUCAUUGACAAUUGCUGCAUGAUGCUUGUGAAGAAUCCUGCUCUCUUUGAUGUGUUGGUGAUGCCAAAUCUUUAUGGUGAUAUUAUUAGUGACCUCUGUGCGGGUUUGAUUGGCGGACUGGGCUUAACUCCCAGCUGCAAUAUUGGUGAGGGAGGUAUUGCCCUAGCUGAAGCUGUGCAUGGUUCAGCACCUGAUAUUGCUGGAAAGAAUCUAGCGAACCCAACUGCUUUGCUGUUAAGUUCUGUCUCUAUGCUCCGUCAUUUGGAACUCCAUGAUAAAGCAGAUCGAAUUCAAGAUGCCAUUCUCAACACAAUUGCUGAGGGAAAAUUCCGAACUGCCGAUUUAGGUGGAAAGUCAUCAACUACUGACUUCACAAGGGCAAUAUGUGAUCAUCUUUGAAAGAUGGUCUGGACGACGAGAAAGAGAUUUGUAACGCUAGUGGAAAGUUUGGAGGGCAUGGAUGGAAUUUUGGAUGAUUGACUUAUUUGCCUUUCCUCUUCAUCGUCUCAAAAUGAACUAUUGGUGACCUUUGAAAAUUGCUAUUCUUUGUCCAUAUAGAUCUACAAAAUAAAUGCAUAAUGAUGUUACACUCUCAUUUAACUUAUAUAUAAUUUUUUUUUUUCCAA